CUCCAGGUGCGGUUUGUUGCCACCCAAGCACUGCAACGAUCGGUCCUCCAUGGCUCAGUUCCCCAGGCUGGGCGAGCGCAAGGGUCAAAGGUCAGGGAGAAUCGUGAAAGGGGGCGGGCACAGGAGGGAGAAGGAAUUCCAUAACUCCGCCCCUUUCGCGGUUGUUAUCAUGCCGGGAGUCGUAGUUCUCCCUUCCCAGCUCCGGACUCAGGUGCUCGUUCUCGGUCCCGCUUCACUCGGAGUCAGAAAACCCAAGAAGUCAUCAAACCACAACUCCCAGAAACCACCUCUCUUCCGCCUUCCCUUCCUCCCUCCCACCCCCGUGGUCCCUGACCCAACAGUGGUAGGGGCGGGCCUCAAAGUUCGCAGAGCCAAUUGGGGGACGAUUCUGGCGGCCGGGGCGGUGCCGCUAAGGGGAGACCUCGGGAGUGGCGGUUGUUUCAAGAUGGCGGAUGUGACGGCAGUCACCGGCUCGGGGGUCGAGGCGUACUGGAGCCGGGACGUUUCUGAUGAGGACCAUGCAGUGCUACAUAAUUCAGGAAUGUCUGCAACUGGAUAUAGUAAAGCAAAACAGAAGUCAAAAAUUUCCAAAAUUGGUGUUAAACUAAAAGCUUCCAAGGCAGCUGAGGCUUCUGCCCCCAUGGAUCCUUUCAGAGGUGCAGGAGAUUCAGUACAUAAAGAGAUCGUUCACAAUGGAGGAAUGAAGAGUGCCUGCUUGAAGGACUUAUGUCCUGAAGACAAAAGACGUAUUGCAAACUUAAUUAAAGAACUUGCCAGGGUAAGUGAGGAAAAGGAAGUGACUGAAGAACGCCUAAAAGCUGAACAAGAGUCAUUUGAGAAGAAGAUCAGACAGCUAGAGGAGCAGAAUGAGCUUAUCAUCAGAGAAAGGGAAGCCUUGCAGCAACAGUAUAGAGAGUGCCAGGAACUUCUGAGUCUUUAUCAGAAAUACCUUUCUGAACAGCAAGAGAAGCUUAGUCUGUCCCUUUCAGAGGUUGGCACUGCUAAAGUGAAGGAGCAGCAACAGGUCCCCAUCAAGAAGGGCUCUCCCAAUUCUCUACAUCAGGAGCAGAAUGGUCACUAUAGGAACCUCACAAUUUCACAAAUCUAUCAAAGCAAGAAUGAGAUUAAAUUUCCAAACCAGGGCUCAGCUUCAGAAACAAAUCUACCUUUCAGGAAUUAUUAUCCCAGGAUAGCAGCUCUUCAUCCUCCCCAAGAGGGUCUGAGUAGGGAACAUUCCGAAGCAAGAACAUGUAACUACAGGUCCCCACGAACAAAGCUGCUGGGCUCACUUUUGACAGAGAGAGUCUCACCAGAUGAAAUGAGACCCAAGGAAUUUUCGUUCAUCCAGCCUUAUAUCAAUAGUCAUUGCUUUGUUCACAAUCAUCCUGAAAAUGAAGAUCACAUUCAUGGAAACCAUCAGCCAGGAAUGACCAGACAGCAUCCCAGGACACAUCAACAGGAAUCACACAAUUAUUGUGACCUUUCCUGGACACCUAUGCCUCGUGUACCAGUGACAUUAGAGCCUGAGGAAAUGGAGGACAGAAAGCAGAUGUCAAUAGAGAAGAGAAAUCAACUUCUCCUACAGAAAAUGGAGCUGGAGAUUGAAAAGGAGCGCCUGCAGCAUCUGCUGGCCCAACAGGAAACAAAACUUCUAUUGAAACAGCAGCAGCUCCAUCAGUCCCGCCUGGAUUAUAAUCGGUUAAAAAGUCAGGCUGCAUUUAAUUCAAGAGAUACUGCCAUUGAUGAAGCACUUGGUAAAACCCAAGAAAUGAAUCUUUCAAUGAAUGGAAUUGGUACGAGACUAAGCUUACUGAAGUCGGAGUGUGAUGAUUACCUGUUAAGAACAUCAUUGUCCAGCAAAGGAAACAAAUUGCUCAGUCCCAGUGAAGGGAACAAUACGGGGAAGAAAACAGUUGGAUUUCGAUCAACUGUAGAGGAAGGUGCCCUUUGGAUGUAUCAAAAGAAUCACAUGAGCCAAUCCAGAAGAGGGGCAGGGUCGGGAGCUAGAAAAGAUGCAACCACAUCUCCUAUAAUGCCAGUCAACCAAAAAGAGUUUAUAACCACAGCCACGUCACCAUUCCAACAUGACGCUGCCAGGUACAAUACCUCCCUGUUGGACUUGGUUCAUUCCCUGAGUCCCAGCUCUGCUCCUAGACCACGGACAUCUCUUUCAAGGGAAGCUUUUGCCUGGAAUCACAGACCAGUCCAGGUUGGCCCUCGAAAGCUAGCUUGGGCCUCAAGGGCAUGUAGUUUAAAUGAAGAUCUGGAAGAGAAUCGGAUCCUAGAAGACAUUUUCUUCAUUUGAUGCUGGAGCACGAGCUACAGAAUUUCCAUAGGAGUUAGGAAUUUAUGUCCCUAUCUCUGAAGUGGAUUUGUUUCUCCACAAAAAUCAUUUUAAAUUAUUUGUUUGAAAAUUAACUGUCAUGCCUUUCAUAAGGAUCCAUUUCACUAGCAUCCUGACAAAUUUGAAACUAAGAGAUCAUGCUAGUAAUCUAAAGUUUGGUCAGUACAAUCAAAAUGUAUUAUAUUUAAAAAAUAGAAUUUCAUAUGCUAAGAAUGAUAGAAAAUUAACACAAGACAUUAGAAUCCAUUGCGUAUCCGGCCUCAUUUCCAGAAUGUAUUUCUCCUAUACACAAAGAGAAAGUUCAGUUUUGUUCAAACAUCAUUCUUUAAUUAAAAAGCAUUUUUAUAACAGGCUAUUCUAAAAGGACAGGCUCUUUUACAUUCUCUGUUUCUCUCAUCACCAGCUGGUUUUCACAUCAAAUCAUUUAAUUCUGAAGCUGAGUUUUCUUAGCCUUAGCAAAAAAGGGUUCCCUUUCUAAUUCCCAGCAAUACUAAUGGACAAGCCCUAAGAAAGCUCAGCAGGAAAUAGCCUGUCAAUAUCUGCUAUCUGCCAAGAGCAACCCAUAGGAAUAAAUGAGGAAAGAAUAUGUCAGUCCUCUGAAAUACAUGAUAAUAUAUGAAUGGAUACUAUAGAAAAUUAGAAGCAUUAGAUGGUUGCCACUGAAGGCAGGGGAAAAAUCUGAAGAGGAAAUAAAGCUGAAGCAAUUUUCCUACCAGUUUACACUAUUUGGUGAAACUACAGUUUCCCAUGGGCAUUAUAUAAGACUAAUCUCUCUACUUAUAAUUUUUUUUUAAAUUGGAAGUCUCUAGGGUAUAAUUUCCCCACCAGUAUUUAAUUAUGCACAUAGAAUCUGUUUGAGCUCAACCAGAUGUUCUCUUAUAUGCUUCAUGCAUUUGUGUAAGGGAAGAUGAUAUAUAGGUAGAAAUAUGGCAGCAGAGUUCUAAAGGUUGAGUGGUUCCAUCUAUCCCUGUUGUAAGGUUAGCAUUUCCAUCCCCGCCUCCCCCAAUCAUGGACAUCUGUGAUGGGGAAGUUCAAACAUUGCAUUGUAGGGACUCUGAAUCCCUAUCAGAUAUCCAAAGAACCUAUUUAUCAGGCUUACCUCUGUACCAGACAGAGACCUCUUAUACUUCUAACUCUGCCUUUCCUUUGCCCCAAAGUGAGUUGAGAUCAAGUCUCUCUAGGGUAGCAUUGGCAGCUAAAAUUAAGCUUGCCAGCUGUGCAGAGCCCUUACUCUGACCAUAGUUCCAGAUUUAUAAAACUGAUUAUUGGAAGGAUCUCUCAGAAUUCUCAGUUUUAAUUUCCUCUAUUCUACUAUGUUGUGGAUCUGAAGUAUUUGGAACUAGGCAGGUGCCUCUAAGUGGUUUGAUUGGUAGUGUGAGACCAAAUCUAUUCUAUUUGAACUUAUCCCUUCUGAUGGGAUUCCCAGGCUUGAUUUCAUUUUCCUGCGUUUUAGAGAGAUGAGAAUACAAAAUUUUAUUUCUUCCAUAUUUUUUCAUAUGCACUAAAUUUCUAAACAGGAUUUCCUCUUCUUUCCCCUUCCCACCCCCAGAAUUUUAUCCUCAGAUGCAGCUCCUCAUAUGAAAAGUUGAAAACUUGUUUUGACCACAGAAUAAAAAGUCAUUUAUGUGAAAAAUCAAGCCAGUUCUAUUCCUCCUUAGAUAUAGAUAAUGGGAGAGGAAUGCAAAGAGGAAGAGAGUAGAGAGGAAAGGAGAAAUCUAUGCAAGUUAUGAAUUACCACCAAGUGUUGGAGAUUUGGAUCUCCAAGGAACUGAAAUAUAUUGAGCCAAAGUCAUUCUCUUCUGUAAAACCAGAAAGUCUCUUUGAUACCCUAAGUCACCUUGCUCUCAGUAGCUCACUGGUAACCCCUGGGUUAGUUGUUCAUCAUAAAGAUAGCACAUCUGCCCCCCAAAACCUCAGCUUGAUAGGAGGUUUCACUGAGAUAAUCCAAUUGAUACAUCCCUUUCCCCCUUAGGUCAUGGUCUCUUUAUCCUCUGGAAUAGUUUAGGAAACCUGGCAACCUUUUGAAGAACCACAUUUCAAAAUCUCAACCAUACAUGUUGCUACAGCUUUUAUAACCUCUUUUAUUAGCUAGUGAAUGGACCAUUUGGAAGAGCAAAGUUUGGUUUCUGGCAAUGCUUUUACAUCUCUUUCCAUAAACCAACCCUGUUUAGUUGCCCCUUGUUAUUUUGUGAGUGUUGAUCUUGAAUUCGUGUGUGUGUGUGUGUGUGUGUGUGUGUGUGUGAUCUAGAUUGUUUAUUACCAUCUGAAUGGGGUGCUUUUACAUUUUAAUCUGUAUUUUAGUCUGAAAUACACACACACACAGACACACACAUAUACAUAUACAUAUACAUAUGGAGAUUAAAAAGUUGUUGGUGGAGCUUUGAGGCCUAAGCCUGCCUGUGUAAUAUUCCAGUUGUUAAGUGAUCAUUUCUGGACUUUUCAAGUAUAAAAUGGAAAAGAAACUAUCUCAGGGUAGCUAAGAAGUGCAAUAGAUAGAGCAACAGCCCUGAAGUCAGAAGGACCUGAAUUCAAAUUUGGCCUCAGACACUUAAUCCUUCCUAAUUAACUGUAUGACCCUGGGGAAG